AUGGUGGCAGAGGACAAACAAAUCCAUCGUAUGUUAGAAGAACUUUUUGCAGAAAAGGGAAAUGAGAUGUGCAUAAAGCCGGGAGAAUUUUAUCUAUAUGACCAAGAAGAAAUCAGUUUCUUUGAGAUAAUGGAGGAGGGAGGCGCUUCCAAGACCAAAGCUCUACAAUCGAUCCUACGACCAACGAUGAGGAGCAGCCGGCAUGUAAGGAGUCGCAGCCGGGGAUAG